GACAUUACAAGCUUUAAGCACUGAUAUAAAAGCCACACACAUUUAUAAUUGGGUUUAGUUCACAUUUAAACAGUUAGUCUAACAUUUAACUAAAAGUAGCUCAGGCUGUUUUAAUAAUUAUCUAAACUUUUUGACUUUUUGUUACAAUGGAAACAACAACUGAACAUGACAGUGAUGUGCGAAAGUGGCUAACAAUUGCCUUAGCAGAAGAAAAUCUUCAAACAUUUUCAGUUACGAUAACUGGAACUUCUGAAAAAGGUGAUGGAUAUGCGGGAGACAUAAUUUUUGUUUUUGUAACAGGAACUGAUAAAGAAGGCAAGAAAAAAGAAUACGAUCUUGUUUUAAAAUGUAGCAAGCCUAGCGUUGCAUUAAUGGAAAACAUACCUGUUUUUAGACAAAUAUUUGUGAAAGAAGCUUACGUGUAUCAAAAUGUUUUUCCAGUUUUCAAAGAGUUUCAAGUUAGUAAAGGCAUUGAAAAGCCCUUCGACAGUGUACCGAAAUGUUAUGGCGUUUAUAGCGACGGAUUCAGAUAUGUUAUAGUGUUGGAAAAUUUAAAAAAAUUAGGUUAUGACUUGUGGCCAAAAGCAAAACCAUUAACAAGAGAAGUUAUCAAUAUUGUGAUAAAAGACUAUGCAAAAUUUCAUGCAACGUCAGUGGCUUUGGAAGAACAACAUCCUGAAAAGUUUCGAAACUUGAUUGAACACGUGGCUGAAGAUGUAAUGAGGAGUUUUUCAGAAAAAGCUGGUUUUUUAAACACGGUUAAAAACUGUGUGGAAGAGUUGCAUGAGCUGCUAAGAGAUGAUGUUAAAAGUGACAUUUUAGAGACAUGGUUAAAACUUAAAGAUCAAGUUGGUUUUAUUCUUAGUGAAAUGGAACCUGGUGUUGACGAUUUAAAAGUCAUAAACCAUGGAGAUUGUUGGGUGAAUAAUUUUUUGUACAAAUUUGAGAAUCAAGAGAAAACAAGCGUUUCCAAGGUUGCUAUUCUGGACUGGCAAAUCUCGAAAUUCACAUCUCCUGUGAAUGACCUUUCAUACUUUUUGUUCGCUGGUAUAUCCAAAGAAGAUAUUGCUGACAUGGACACUAUUUUGAGAGAUUAUCAUAAAUACUUUUGCGAGUAUUUAAGAAUGCUAGAUAGCAAGGUUGCAGACAAAUAUACUGUAGAAAAAUUGUUUGAUGAGUGGAGGCAUUACGGCAGAUAUGGUGUAUUAUUUUGCAUAUUACCAAUCAAAUCUUUGUAUACCGAAAAGGAAGACCUUCCAGACAUGGCUGAAGCUGCAGACAGAGGAGAAGAUAUUAGUGAAUCGUUCCAAUUUAAACUGAAGGAUAAAAGGGGUUUUAAAAAUAGGUUGAGACCGAUUGUUGAAUAUGCUGUCAAGAAUAACCUAAUUUAAUAAAGCGUUUAAAUGUUAUUUAUAAAUAAUCUCUGAGUAUUUUAUUUGGAUAUUCCGUGAGUCAGUAACUAGU